UCCCGGAAGAUCUUACUGCGCAUGACAGAAACACACAAGUUAAAGCAGAGCAUCAGAAGUGGGUUAGGGCCUGGCGGGUUUUUUUUUUUUAUUAUUAUUUCCAACUAUGCAUGUUAACAGUAACACAUACGGUACUGAAAGAGCCGAAUCACUUUAUUAAAAGUGGUUACAUGAGUGUAAAGGGUCAAUCCGUGCAGUUUUGGAGCACUUAGUUCCGAUAAGGCGCUUCCGGAGCCGCGUUACGGCGAGGCCUGUUGACCCACAUUCGGGGAUGUAGAAGAGCUGUGAUCCUGAUCAUCUGCUGUCCUUCAUUUCUCUUUCAGAUGUCUUCCCGAUGUUUGGAGUGUGUCAUCCACAGAACGACUCAUGAAGCAUCACAAUGAGCUCCAUUGACAGGGAUGAUGGCAGCAUCGUUGAUGAGUUGAUGGAAGAGGAUGAGAGGGAUAAGGCCAAACGCGUUUCCCGGAAUAUAUCUGAGAAGAGGAGGAGAGACCAGUUCAAUGUCCUUAUUAAAGAACUGGGCACCUUGUUGCCUGCCAACACACGCAGGAUGGACAAGUCGACUAUCUUACAGAAAAGCAUUGACUAUCUACGCAAGCACAAAGAAAUUGCUGCACAGUCAGAGUCCAGCGAGAUUAGACAGGACUGGAAACCACCGUUCCUCAGCAAUGAGGAGUUCACACAGCUCAUGCUUGAGGCGUUGGACGGCUUCUUCCUCGUUAUCCUGACUGAUGGAAAUGUCAUCUACGUCUCGGAAAGUGUCACGUCCUUACUCAGCCACCUUCCGUCUGAUUUGGUGGAUCAGAACCUGCUAAACUUCCUUCCGGUCAGUGAACACACUGACGUGUACAAAGCUCUCUCUUCACACCCAGAAGGCGAGAACCUCAGCCCAGAAUACCUCAAGACUAAGGGCCAGCUGGAGUUUUGCUGUCACAUGCUCCGAGGCUCUGUGGAUCCCAAAGAACCGCCUGUGUAUGAAUACGUCAAAUUCAUCGGCAACUUCAAGUCGCUCAGCAACAUGCCACGUAUAAGCCGUAACGGUUUGGAAGGAAUACUCCAGCGCUCGUUGCGCCCAGCCUUUGAUGACCAUGUGUGUUUUGUAGCAACAGUGCGGCUAGCCAAGCCUCAGUUCAUCAAGGAGAUGUGUACAGUGGAGGAGUCCAGUGAAGAGUUUACCUCUAGACACAGUCUAGAGUGGAAAUUUCUUCUGUUAGAUCACAGAGCUCCUCCUAUCAUCGGUUAUCUACCAUUUGAAGUUCUGGGGACGUCAGGCUACGACUACUAUCAUGUAGAUGACCUGGAGUUACUGGCUAAAUGCCACGAGCAUUUGAUGCAGUUUGGAAAGGGAAAGUCAUGUUACUAUCGAUUCCUGACCAAAGGCCAACAGUGGAUCUGGCUCCAGACUCACUACUACAUCACCUACCAUCAGUGGAACUCUCGGCCUGAGUUCAUCGUGUGCACACACACCGUAGUCCGAUAUGCUGAAGUACGGGCAGAGCAGAGAAGAGAGAUGGGCAUUGAGGAGUCGCCUCCUGAGAGAUCAGUAGAUAAGCAGUCUCAGGACUCUGGUUCUGAAUCACAGAUAAACACCUCCAGCUUAAAGGAGGUGCUUGAGCGCUUCGAUCACAGCCGCACACCGUCCACCUCCUCGCACAGCUCCCACAAGUCCUCGCGCACAGCCAUGUCCGACAGCACGUGUACCUCCACACCCACUAAGCUGCAGAUGGACGUGAGCACCCCGCCUCAGCCUAGCACCGGUGACAUGACGCUACAGCGCCGCUCCUCUGUUAGCAGCCAGAAUAUACACACAAGUUCUCCUGCUCAUGUUAACCAGCAGCAGCAGCAACAACCUCAACAGAACACACAGCAAUACUCGGCACAGCUGAACGCCAUGCAGCAUCUGAAGGAGCAGUUGGAACAGAGGACGCAGAUGAUCGAGGCCAACAUUAAAAAGCAGCAGGAAGAACUGAAGCAAAUUCACGAGCAGCUUCAGAAAGUGCAGGGCCAGGGCCUUCAGAUGUACCUACAGCAGUCCUCAGGUGGGGUCAACGUGCAGCUCCCUCAGGUGAGCGGAGCUUCAUGCUCACAAGCUGAAGUUGGAGUGCAGAGUGUGACGAGUACCGCCCAUAGCAGGACGCAUCAGGGCCUUCAACAGCAGCAAGCUCCGCCUUCCCGUCAGCAGAAUUCUCAAGGCUCCGUCCUGACACAGCAGGGUUCAGUGUAUAAUACGAUGAUAGUCGGUCAGCCGGGCAACAGCAAUGUCGUGCAGAUCCCCAGCAACCAGUCGCAUAAUAUCACUCAAGUAACUACAAUCAACAGGUUUCCAGGGCAGCAGUUGGUCACUAAGCUAGUCACUGCUCCCAUGGCUUGCAGCACCGUAAUGGUUCCCACAACCAUGUUUAUGGGCCAAGUAGUGACCGCUUACAGCCAGUUUGCACAGCAGCAGGGCCAAACACAGGCAAUAGCAGCGGCGUCCGAUUCGCAGCAGCAACAGCAGCAGGGGAUGGCGCAGCCUCAGCAACAGUUUCUACAGGGAGCCCGCAUUUUGCAGAGCAACCAGUCUACGCAACUGAUCCUGCAGGCUUUCCCUAUUCAGCAGCAGGGUGCGUUCACCACGACACAACAACCACAGCAAAAACCACAACAGCAGUUAAAGCCUCAGACUCUAAAGCAGCCCCAAACCUCACCCUCUCACCAGACGGACAACUCGAGCACUCAGUGACGCAGGAGGGUUUAGUUUGGAAGCAGUGGUACUUCAUUGGACGUUAUUUCUACAGCAAUAGGAUUGAACACCGAACCACCGGAGAUGGUCACCAGCUCCGAACUCCCAGUAUUUUACACAGCAAUAACAGUAUGGACCUCGGUGCCAUCGCUUCACUUCUUUUCUAAUUUAUUUAAAGGAAUACAAUUUAAUCUGGCAAUAGAAAAAUAAAAAGGAAUCUUAGAUUUAAGGAAUCAGUUAUUAACUGUACAGAUGUGUGUACAAAACCAUGUGAAUAUCCGAACUUAAAGGAACAAAGGGACUAUUUUAUAAACAGCACGAAAAAGUAUUAGCUCUUUGUUUAUACGACUGUGUUGAGGAAAAAAAAACGUUUUAUUUUUUUUAUAUAUAUAUAUAUAUAUAUAUAUAUAUAUAUAUAUAUAUAUAUAUAUAUAUAUAUAUUCAGCCCAAAAAGUGGAAAUAGCUUGCAAAAGGUAUAUUUUACUCCUCAUUUUGAAAGUAUUCUUUGAACAUAUUUUAUACAUAACCACAGUGUUACCUCUAUUUCAUGGAUAAAUGUAGUUCUCAAAUUGUUUAAGUGCCAACAAUUAGUUCUUUUUCCCAAAAGAAAAAAAAAAUCCACCCACGUAUACUAUAGUGUAUUGUUUCAGAUUUUUAUUUCCCAUUUGUAUUUUUUUUAUUUUAUAUCACUUAAUGUGUUUCCACACACUAAAUGGCCCUUAUUUUAAUCAUUACAGUGUUAUUAAUUUUUCUAUGUGUGAUAAUUUACCAUGUGGAAAGAGCAAGUCCUGACUCUAUAAACGUGCAGGAAUUUAUAUUUAUAUUAGAACAGUUUGUAUCCUAUACAAGUAGAAAAAGCUCACAAAGUGUUGGCUGGAGGAAUUAUGCAACAGCUCAAAGCUUUUUUUUUUUCUUUUUUUUUACUCGAAGGCGUAAACGAUUGUGUGUAAAGUUGUUAGGGUUUCGUAUACGUUCGUUCAUUCGUUUGAAAACGAAAACGCGAUGACAAACUAGCGGCCUUUUUAUUGUUGUUUUUUUAUUGUAUUUUUACGCACACUUGUUGAUGUUGAUCUUUGGCUACUCCCCUGUAUGUGGCCACAGCAGACCAACUGGUCAGCACAACAACUUGGCACAGGUUUUACUCCGGAUGCCCUUCCUGACGCAACCCUCCCUUUUUAUCCCUGCUUGGAACCGGCACUGCAUCCAGUGGCUGGAGUUUUGGGCAUUGGUUAGGAAUUGAACCCGGGCCUUCCGCAUAGUAGACGAGAAACCAUAGGCUACCACUUCCCCUUUUUACGCACACUAAAAUUAUUAUUUCUACUCACCCCCCCCCCCCCCCACACAAAUUUUCCUAAAUUUUUGCAGUGUGCACUGUUCACUGCACAUGUUGUGUUGUGUACUCUUGCACUUUAUUCUAUUUUCAUAAAAGAUAUGUUAAAGAGAUCAACUUGUGAUCAUCUAAAUAUAUAUUUUGAGAGUAUAAAAUAUUCCUUAAAAUUCAGCACCUGCACAAUCCUGUGGAUUAUUUUGCAGCUGCUACGUCGUCAUCUUUUGCCGUAUUAGCACGAGAUCGGUUAUCUAUCUAACUAACGGAUAUUUUUAAUAAUUUGCCCACUAACUGAUGAUGAUGUAUCUGGGUUAUUCAGGUUAAUUUGAUUUUAUUCCUGAAAGAAAUCUGAAUUUUUGAAAAUUAUUUUUGGAAUUUUUUUUUUGUUUGUUUGUUUUAAUCAUUGUUAAACAAAUGAACGCAACGUACACAGACCGUGUUGACAUUUAAAGUUGUGUGUGUGUGUGUGUGCCUCAAAAUUUAAAGUUGUACCUCUUCCCUUUAUUGCUGUACGGGUCACAUACGUGAAACCCGGGUGAUAACCAAUCAGUUCUUGCCUUGCAGUAACUUCACAUGCUAGAACGUUCCUUACUCACUUGCUAGUUCUAUACCUCAUUGAAAUGUUCUUUUAUAUAUAUUUAUAUAUAUAUAUA